AUGUUCAUGAUUAUUCGAGAGGGACCAGCAGUGGACGGCAGUGCGGAAAGGAUGAGCACUCCGCAGGAGAGGACACCAAAACAGGUUCAGGCUGCCAUCAGGAAGAAGGUGGAGAAACAGAGAAAGCAGCUUGAAGUGAGUGUGGCUGAGGUGUUUGAGAGCAGUGCUCAACCUAAAAAGGCACAGAGACACAGGCACUCUGCACCACCUGAACAAAGGGCAUAUGAGGAAGAGGAGGAAGAUGAAGGGGCUGUUUCUGUGAUGGAAGAACAGCAAGAGAUAGAUGAGGACAAACUAGCAUCCAUUGUGGAAUCCGUUUAUGGCCAUGACAGGACGCUUCGGCCAGAGGAGAUAGAAGAAAUGCAGCAGGCCUUUAAAAUGUUCGAUAGGAAUAAAGGCUACAUCAACCAGACUGAUCUGGGUGAGUGUAUGAGGUGUAUGGGAUACAUGCCCACAGAGAUGGAGCUCAUCGAACUGAGUCAGCAACUCGGUGGGAAUAAAAUAGAUUUUGAUGAUUUUGUGAAGCUGGUGGGGCCUAAAAUGCUGGAAGAAACUGCAGACAUGAUCGGGAUCAAAGAGCUAAAAGACGCUUUCAGAGAGUUCGACUCAAAUGGUGAUGGACAGAUCAGUAUUUUUGAACUGAGGGAGGCCAUAAAGAAGCUGAUAGGUGAACAACUGAAUGCCAUAGAGAUCAAUGAGAUCAUCAAGGAUGUGGACCUCAAUGGAGAUGGCCAGGUGGAUUUCGAAGAAUUUGUGAGGAUGAUGUCACGCUAACAAGAUGCCAGAGAGGAUCUUCACUAAACGAUCUAUUAUAUACACACAUAAAUGGACUAAUAUAAGUUUAAUAUUGGGUAAUUUUUUCUAGGGCAAUGAAAGAGGACGGAGGAAUUUUGUACUGUUUUUUUUUCCUGUUUAGUUGUAU